AUGUCGAAGCCAAUCAAAGAAUUUUUCUCAAAGAUUAGGAAGAAUUACGACAUUGUGAAAAAACUAGGUGCAACAUUCACCUCCGGCAGCCGCAUCCUUCCGUCGCAGACGAACAAAAAUGACGCAGACUACCAGCUGCGUCUUGACGCAGGUGAACUAAUCGACAAACGAUACCAAAACAUUGUUUUGCAAGUCAACUCGCAAGCUAAGAACACGGGUUUACGGGAAUGGGUCAAGAAACAACCGCAGGGCACGCAUGCGAAGUUAGCUACCGCUCGCUUCGACACUCAGGCUGAAGACCAGGAUGCUGAAACAGAAAGGGUGCUGAAUGAACUGCAGGAGCAGGCUAAGAAGAACGUGUAA